UCCAACCAUACAACAGGUCUUUAUUCUUUUGUCGCAGCUUGUCCCUGAGACCGCAUCUGGUCUACGACGUUCUAAUUACAUACUAAUAUGAAAUUGUUUCCAUAACAUCCUACCUUUUCCGCCGUCCAUACUUAUCGUUUGAUGUCUCUCAUUUCCCAUAAUGCUUGUCUCUCUAGGGUCUCUUACCGUCGCUCUGGCGGUUUUACCACUCGGAUAUGGCCUGCGGUCCUCUUCGGUCUCUCCCGACAUUCCACUUUCGUCUUUAAUUGCUUCUGCGAAGACGCAUCUUGCCGGGGGUUCGCCCAGGGACGCUUUGCAAUACUUUGAUGCGGCUAUUUUGAAGGACCCUGCGAAUUAUUUGGUCCUCUUCCAAAGAGGUGCGGCCUACCUUUCCUUAGGGAGGAACUCUCAGGCUCUGGCCGACUUUGAUCGCGUACUGCAGUUAAAGCCAGGCUUUGAGAGUGCCCUUCUGCAGCGUUCCCGCCUCAAGGCUAAAUCUGCUGAUUGGGCUGGGGCUCUUGGGGAUCUCAGUGAGGCUGGGAAGGAAUCAUCGCCUGAAUUCAAAGAGCUACAGGCCGCGCAGGAUUCUGCGCUGCUAGCCCAUGAGGCGGAAAAGAUUGGUUCUUGGGAUACUUGCGUUAGUCAGGCGAAUGUAGCUCUUGGAAAAGCAAGCAUGUCCCUGAGUCUCCGACGAACCCGAGCUCAUUGUCGGUUCGAGCGAGGGGAGGUAGAGGAAGGCCUGAGCGACCUCGCCCAUAUUUCUCAAAUAUCUCCAGGCUCGUUAGAGCCUCAUAUGCAAAUCUCAUCCAUGUUAUUCUACUCGCUUGGAGACUAUGAUCGCGGCAUCUCUCAAAUCCGCAAAUGUUUGCAUUCAGACCCCGACUCGAAAACCUGCAAUCGUCUUUACCGCAGGCAAAAAAACCUUCUGAAGAGAAUACAGACAAUGGAAGACGCUGCGAAUUCUAGGAAGUUCAACAAUGUUAUCAACAUGCUGAUUGGAGUCGUUGAUGAGAGUGGUUUGCUAGACGAUGUACAGAAUGAUGUAGGGGAAGGAAAGGCGGCGGGCUACAUCCACCCUGCCGCACCAAAUCAUCUGUAUGCCUCAUUGGUCGAAAGAACAUGUGAAGCCUACCAAGAGACACAGAUGCGUAAAAGCGCAGCCUCCUAUUGCUCUCAGGCCUUGGAGCUGAAUCCAAUAUCCCUGGCAGGUCUUCUAUACAGGAGUCAAGUGGCUCUCGACCAAGAGCGUUUUGAGGAGGCAAUAAGCAUACUGAACAAAGCAAAGGAGCAUCAUCCAGAUUCUAGGAAGGUUCAGGACUUAUUACAGAAAUCUCACGUCUUGCAAAAGCGCUCUAAGCAGAAGGACUACUAUAAGGUUCUGGGCGUUGGCCGCGAUGCUGAUGAGCGUACCAUUAAACGUGCAUAUCGUCAAUUAACAAAACAGCACCACCCCGACAAGGUCAUCUCUCGUGGAGUGUCCAAGGAAGAGGCUGAGAAAAAGAUGGCCGCUAUCAAUGAGGCCUAUGAGGUCUUAUCCGAUCCCGAUCUAAGAGGGCGCUAUGACAAUGGCGAUGAUCCCAACGAUCCCGAGUCACAGAGGAGUAAUCCUUUCCAGUCCGGACCAUUCGGCGGUGGUCAACAGUUCUUUUUCCAACAGGGAGGGGCCCAGUUCAAGUUCUCUGGACAGGGGUUCAAUUUUCCUGGUGGUGGGUUUCCUUUUCGCUGACGGCUGGUUGGCUUGCUUGUUAGUCACUAAAAUCAAGCGUCGCGCUUAUUUCAUUCCCGCCUAUCAUAAGUCCCUCUUUGCUUGCCCUUUCCGAUAUCAUAGGGGCACCAAGGCUCGUAAAACGGAUUUAUUGUCCU